UAAAAAUUCAUAAUAAAAAAAGUUAAAGCGAGAAGAAGAGAGGAAAGAAGAGAAGAAGGCUCAUCAUCAUCAAUCAUCAUCAUCAUCAAACCCACAUCUCUUGUUUUAUUUAACCGUACGGAUCUACCUCCAAAAAUCUUCGUCUUCUCCAUCUUUCUCGAUCUGAGAUUUUUCAACGUUUUCAAUCGGUACGUUUAAACAUCUCUUCAAGUUUUCAUUUUUAAGAUGCUCAUCUCGAAUUCUGGGAGGUCAGGUCUCUGUUGCUCUUUUGGGAAAUUUUGUUGAGGUGUUUAUAGCUCCAGAUCUGCUUACUUUGAUGUUAAGAAGCCUCGAGAGAGCUUGAAGAUUGAAAAGAAGGAAACUUUGUUUGUACCCUACCCUGAAAAAAAAAAUGGCAUCCGUGAGCAUACCACCUCCUAGAGACUCUACUGGUGUUGAUAAAUUGCCUGAAGAAAUGAACGACAUGAAGAUUCGCGAUGAUAAAGAGAUGGAAGCGACAGUGGUUGAUGGUAAUAGCACAGAGACUGGCCACAUUAUAGUCACUACCAUCGGUGGUAGAAACGGCCAACCUAAACAGACGAUCAGCUACAUGGCCGAACGUGUUGUUGGCCACGGUUCUUUCGGCGUUGUCUUCCAGGCGAAAUGCCUCGAGACAGGAGAAACCGUUGCGAUAAAGAAAGUUUUGCAAGACCGGAGGUACAAGAACCGUGAGCUUCAGACCAUGAGGCUGCUCGACCACCCGAACGUCGUCUCUCUCAAACACUGCUUCUUCUCGACCACCGAGAAAGACGAGCUUUACCUCAACCUGGUUCUUGAGUACGUGCCGGAAACGGUUCAUCGCGUUAUCAAACACUACAACAAACUCAACCAGCGGAUGCCUAUCAUCUACGUCAAACUCUACACCUAUCAGAUCUUUAGGGCUUUAUCUUACAUCCACCGUUGUAUUGGUGUGUGUCAUCGUGACAUCAAACCUCAGAACUUGUUGGUAAAUCCACACACUCAUCAAGUGAAGCUAUGUGAUUUUGGAAGUGCAAAAGUAUUGGUAAAAGGGGAACCAAACAUCUCCUACAUCUGCUCGAGGUAUUACAGAGCACCUGAACUUAUCUUUGGAGCCACCGAGUAUACAACAGCCAUUGAUGUCUGGUCUGCGGGAUGUGUUCUUGCUGAGCUCUUGCUUGGACAGCCAUUGUUCCCCGGUGAGAGUGGCGUUGAUCAACUUGUAGAGAUUAUCAAGGUUUUGGGAACGCCUACUAGGGAGGAAAUCAAAUGCAUGAACCCAAACUACACGGAGUUCAAGUUCCCUCAGAUUAAAGCUCAUCCAUGGCACAAGAUAUUCCACAAACGCAUGCCUCCAGAGGCUGUUGAUUUGGUAUCAAGGCUUCUUCAGUACUCUCCCAAUCUGCGAUCUGCCGCUCUUGACACAUUGGUCCACCCAUUCUUUGACGAGCUAAGAGAUCCAAAUGCGCGUCUGCCUAAUGGACGUUUCCUUCCACCUCUGUUCAACUUCAAGCCUCACGAGCUGAAAGGUGUGGCAGUGGAGAUUGUAGCAAAGUUAGUACCUGAUCAUGCGAGGAAGCAGUGUCAUUGGCUCGGUUUGUGAUUUCCUUAAAAAAAAAAACUUUAAAUGUAGUUGCACAAUCACAACACUUGUAUAAUAUUAUGCCUCUCUCUAUCUACCUCUCUGAUAUGUAUGUACCCUUUGUUUGUUGUAUGAGUAGUAGAAAAAAAGAAUUUAUUAUGA